GAAUUCGGAUAGGGGAAGCUGGGGCCGUAGCAGCUAGCUAGCUAGCUGCACACCGUGAGCGAGAGAAACUCAGUAGAAGGGAAAAUGGGUGCAACGUCGUUAUUGCCGGCGGAUUUGUCAACUUGUUUGAAGAAUUCAAGCCCUACGCCACUCAAAAGAUACCAUUUUUCAUCACAGAAAUUGAGUUUUAGUCUCCAAAUGCGAACCUAUCAGCAUAUUGCUGCUGGCAUAGCCAUUUGUGGGGCUUCAUCAUCAGACCAUGCUUGUUCAUUUGCGCAGGACGAUCUGCAAGCUCUGUUACAGGUCCUUCCAUCUGAUUUGCAUGACAGUCUCCUAAACGAAGUUAAGAGGGAUGAACUUUUGGAGGUUAUAUUGGAUUUGGGUCGUUUUCCAGAAGCACGUUAUCUUGGCCAGGAUGGAGGGGAAUAUAUAAGGAAUACUGAGGUAACAGUGGAAGAGUUGGAACAUGCUCAAGAAGCUGUUGGAGAAUUUGGGAGGGACAACAGAGCUGGCAUUGAGGGUACAUUGCACAGAAUAUCUGCAAUCAGAAGCAGGAAAGGUGGCAUAGUUGGUUUGACAUGCCGAGUUGGAAGGGCAGUCUAUGGCCAUAUUGACAUGGUGUAUGACCUGCUUCAAUAUGGAAGGGGCAUUUUAUUUGUUGGAAGGCCUGGGGUUGGCAAGACUACAGUUAUGCGAGAGAUUGCACGUGUGCUGUCAGAUGAAUUUCGCAAGAGAGUGGUAAUUGUUGACACCAGCAAUGAAAUUGGAGGGGAUGGCAAUAUUCCACAUGCAGCAAUAGGAAGUGCUCGAAGAAUGCAGGUGCCUGAGCCAUCAAUGCAGCAUAGGGUGAUGGUUGAGGCGGUAGAAAACCACAUGCCUGAGGUGAUUGUAGUAGAUGAAAUUGGCACAGAAGCUGAAGCUCAUGCUUGCCGGUCAAUUGCUGAGCGAGGAAUCAUGCUUAUCGCUGCUCAUGGACAGCUUCUUGAGAAUAUCAUGAAGAAUCCUAUUCUCUCUGAUUUGAUUGGUGGAAUACACGCAGUUACUUUGGGAGAUGCAGAAGCCAGAUUCAGAAAUUGUCAGAAGACAGUUCUUGAGAGGAAAGCUCCUCCAACAUUUGAUUUCCUAAUUGAGAUGAGGGACAGGCACUACUGGAUUACUCAUCAGACAGACAAAAGUGUAGAUAUGUUGCUUCGAGGAAAGAGUCCGCAGGUUGAGGUGAGGAGAAGGGAUGCAAAAUGCAAGGUUGUUAUAGAGAAAUCAAAACCUUAUGAUAGAUGUAUUUGAUAAGGCUAAUGUAUGUUGUCUAUGGUUUCCCACAUAAUUUU